AUGUUAAGGUGGAUUACCUUCCUGCUAUUCGUUGCAGUUGCCCACGCUCGACAUGAGCAAUACGAGGGGCACUCCCUCUACCGGGUAGCUGGUCCAUCAGAGCAAUUUCAAUACUUAGAAGCCUACAUAGAUUUCCUCUCCGUCACACCAGCAGCCAAAUCCACUUCAAGACAGCUAGAGGUCUUGAUGAGACUAUCUUCAGAGGAAAAAGGCAAAUGGCUGAAAUACUUCGAAGACCAUGACAUGCCCUACUCUUUAGUAUCAAACAACUUGGCACAGGUUCUUCGUGCUGAAGAUUCUUAUUUACUGAGGUCUGAAGAAGGCGAAGCUGAAGACUCAAACAGUACAAUGACAUGGGAUAAUUAUUAUAAUGCGGAAGAGAUUAACAAAUACAUAGACGAGAUGGGCGAAAAAUACCCUGACCUUGUAACAGUUAUCAAUGCUGGCAGGAGUUACGAAGGACGACAGAUCAAAUAUGUCAGGAUUUCCACCACACGCUUUGAAAACCUUCGCAAAAGAGUGGUAGUUAUAGAUGCUGGUGUUCAUGCUAGGGAAUGGGUUACAACACCAGUCGCUCUGUAUUUGAUCAAGCAAUUGGCCGAAGGCGCUGAUAAAUUACUGACUGAAAAUCUAGACUGGAUCAUUAUACCUUUAGCGAACCCAGAUGGUUACGAAUACUCCAUAAAUGAGGAUCGUCUUUGGCGUAAAACCCGUUCCAAAUCUCACGCUGGCUCAGACGCAUGCCCUGGUGUUGACGGAAACCGCAACUUCGAUUUCUACUGGGGCUCCAGACCCGAUUCUAGCGUAGCCUGCUCAAUUAUUUACGAAGGACCAUCACCUUUCUCCGAACCAGAGACACGCAUCAUAAGAGAUGCUGUUAUGUCAAAUUUGGAACGCACUUCGCUUUACAUUUCUCUACACAGCUAUGGCAACAUGUUGCUUUACGCUUGGGGAACUAACGGUACACUUCCUUCAAACGGCCUAGCUCUUCACCUUGCCGGUAUCAUAAUGGCAACAGCUAUUGAGGAAGUCAAAUUGGAAAAAGCUGAUUCUUACAUUGUCGGUAAUGCUGCUAACGUUCUGUACUACACCAGUGGUACCUCGAGAGACUGGACACGUGGUCUGGGAAUACCAUUCACCUAUACUAUGGAACUUCCUGGUUAUGAAUACGGCUUCCUUGUCCCACCCACUUACAUCAAGCAAAUAGUGACCGAAUCUUUCGCAGGAAUAGCUGCUGGAGCGCGUUACGUACUCUCACUAUACUAA